UGAUAUUUUGCGCACUGAUUCUUCAAAGAAAACCUGAACCUUGCUUCUAUUUAAAGAGCCUCAGAAAUAUGCUUUUCAGCCACCUGUUAGCUGAUACUCAUUGCCUCAGUCUACAAAGGAAGAUGAUCAUGAUCACAUGGUUGCUACUGUUCUCACUCUUCAGACAAAGCACGCAAGAUGGACAAGGAGAGGGUGUUUUGCGUUGUGGACCUCAGAAUGUGACUCUUGACUACGACAGUUUCCUGUUAAAGUGGGAAGAUGACCCUUCUUGCUCUGUGAUACGAGAUGGGCUCGUGUACGAGCUGCAGCUUCUCAUAGCAGACAAACCUGUACACAAUGGUGAAGUUGUUGUGGCACCUGCACAGAUAGGAUCUACUCAUUCCUGGAAAUGGACUUCCCAUUUACCAUCGCAGUGUGCUCGCCCUUCAGUCCGGCUCAGGUCCCAAUACAACAACCAAUCAAGCACAUGGAUGCAGAAGACGCUACCUGACCAGGGUGAAAUACUGGUUCUCCCAAGAGACCAAAUAUUCAAGGUGGGCAGCACAGCCACAUUCUGCUGCAUGGUGCCAGACGGGGCAAGUAUUAAAACAAUGUUUCUACAUGACUACAAAGGCACUAAUGUAACGACUACAAAGAACAGUGAACAUGUGCACUCCCUGACUGUUCACCUGGACCAAGAAUCAGAAAACUGGAGUGAUGUAAUAUGUGAAACAACCAAAGGAAACAUCAGCGGAGCCAGUUUUCACGUCAGCUACCCUCCUGAUGACAGUGAUCUUCAGUGUGAAACCCGGGAUCUGGAAUCAAUCGAUUGUUUUUGGAACGUAGGAAGGGCAGCAAACGAACAUCCUGCAAUGGAAAGAACAUAUCAGCUCCAAGGAAGCCCAUGCAUCAAUGGACGUUCAGGAAAAUGCUCACAAAAAGUAGAGGUGGAUGCAGUUGAGAGGAACUGGACCUUAACAGCAACUAAUCGGCUGGGAAAGCUGGAGAUCCAUGACAAGGCAAACCUGACCAAAAGAGUGCACAUGGUCGCUCCAGACAAAGUGGCAGCUUCAACUGUGAACCCCAGAAACAUCAGUCUGAAAUGGAGCUGGACUGUGAAGAAGUACAGUAAUCUCAACCUCACAUGCCAAGUAGAUGUCAGUGAUGGAAACUCUAAUACCAAAGUUUUCCAGACUGAAAACUUUGGAGUUGGCCUCACAGCUGCAGUUAUCAAGGACUUGAUACCACACUGGGACUAUGUUGUGAGGGUCCGAUGUGGAACAGCACAGCAUUUCUGGAAAUGGGGUGACUGGAGCAAAAGUGUCAAAAUCUGCUCAAAGGUCGCUCUUGGAGCCCCCAGCCUGAUUGAAAAGAACCUGAACAUCAGUUCGUACACCUUCAUGGUAAACGCACAAACAGCAGUUUCAUCCAACACCGUUACCUUGAAUCCAUCGACUUACUUGACAGUGCUGACCUUGACAGCCCUGGGAGCAGUUUUUAUUAUUUUGUCCAUCUGCACAAUCCUCUCCUACAGACACCGGAUGUGCAUCAAGCACAAAGUUCAUUCACCAAUCCCAAAGCCGGUGCUGACAGACAAGUGGCUGACAUCACCAAAUGAACAUACGUUUGAUCAUCAUCACUUCGGUCAGAGUCACUACAGCGAGGCGAUAACAAGGAAGAAAAAAUUCCCAACAGCUGACAUGACACAUGAAGACGUGGCUAAAUACACGUCUAGUAAAACCAGUGACUCAGUGCGGCUCCCAGUGCAGCUGCAGAUCAGCUUAAAUAAACACGGGAGGAUUAUCAUGAUCGCAUGGUUGUUACUGCUGUCACUCUCCACAACGAGCACACAAGAUGGACAAGAAAACAGUGUUUUGCGUUGUGGACCUCAGAAUGUGACUCUUGACUACGACAGUUUCCUGUUAAAGUGGGAAGAUGACCCUUCUUGCUCUGUGAUACGAGAUGGGCUCGUGUACGAGCUGCAGCUUCUCAUAGCAGACAAACCUGUACACAAUGGUGAAGUUGUUGUGGCACCUGCACAGAUAGGAUCUACUCAUUCCUGGAAAUGGACUUCCCAUUUACCAUCGCAGUGUGCUCGCCCUUCAGUCCAGCUCAGGUCCCAAUACAACAACCAAUCAAGCACAUGGAUGCAGAAGACGCUACCUGACCAGGGUGAAAUACUGAUUCUCUCAAGAGACCAAAUAUUCAAGGUGGGCAGCACAGCCACAUUCUGCUGCAUGGUGCCAGACGGGGCAAGUAUUAAAACAAUGUUUCUACAUGACUACAAAGGCACUAAUGUAACGACUACAAAGAACAGUGAACAUGUGCACUCCCUGACUGUUCACCUGGACCAAGAAUCAGAAAACUGGAGUGAUGUAAAAUGUGAAACAACCAAAGGAAACAUCAACGGAGCCAGUUUUCACGUCAGCUACCCUCCUGAUGACAAUGAUCUUCAGUGUGAAACCCGGGAUCUGGAAUCAAUCGAUUGUUUUUGGAACGUAGGAAGGGCAGCAAACGAACAUCCUGCAAUGGAAAGAACAUAUCAGCUCCAAGGAAGCCCAUGCAUCAAUGGACGUUCAGGAAAAUGCUCACAAAAAGUAGAGGUGGAUGCAGUUGAGAGGAACUGGACCUUAACAGCAACUAAUCGGCUGGGAAAGCUGGAGAUCCAUGACAAGGCAAACCUGACCAAAAGAGUGCACAUGGUCGCUCCAGACAAAGUGGCAGCUUCAACUGUGAACCCCAGAAACAUCAGUCUGAAAUGGAGCUGGACUGUGAAGAAGUACAGUAAUCUCAACCUCACAUGCCAAGUAGAUGUCAGUGAUGGAAACUCUAAUACCAAAGUUUUCCAGACUGAAAACUUUGGAGUUGGCCUCACAGCUGCAGUUAUCAAGGACUUGAUACCACACUGGGACUAUGACGUGAGGGUCCGAUGUGGAACAGCACAGCAUUUCUGGAAAUGGAGUGACUGGAGCAAAAGUGUCAAAAUCCGCACAAAGGGUGAUGUUCCAGAUGCUCUUGACGUGUGGAUGAAGGUGAAGGAAGAUCAGACUGUAAUCUCCUGGAAGGUGCCAUUGGCCAAUCAGAGCCAUGGAGAAAUCUUUGACUACAAAGUGGCCUGGGCAAAGACCAAAGACAAAAAUCAGUCAAUCCAAACCAAUGUGUCCAGAAGCAAUCACAGUCUUACACUCACGCUGGACCCCAGUGAGGAGUACAUGGUCACCGUCACGGCUAGAAACAUAAACGGCAGCUCAUCCCCAUCAACCAUCAUCAUCCCCCACCGUAAUCUAGAUAAAUCCGAGGUGAAGACCUCCUGGAUCAGUGGCAGCAAUGGUAGCUUCUUCCUGUCCUGGCCUGUUAGUCCUAACACCAGCUGUGGCUACAUAGUGGACUGGUGUCCAGUCUUCGGUAAAUGCUACUUCGAGUGGAUGAAAGUGCCUCCCAACAGAACUAAUACCACAAUUUUUUCAAAGAACUUUGAAGAUGGUCGGAGAUACCUGCUGUCCAUAUACGCCUGCACUGAGGGAGCUCCGGUGCUACUACAGAGAAGAGAGGGCUACAUCAGAGAGACCAAAAUAGAAGGCGAGCUCUUUAAACUGAAAAACAAACAGGAAGACUCGGCUGUUGAAGUAUCCUGGGAGCCCAUACCUCUGGAAAAGCAGACUGCUUCCAUCCAUGGAUAUAUUCUCUACUACCAGGACAAGAGCGGGAACGUUUUUAACGUGAGCACAGAUGAUCCUGAAGCCACCAGCCUCACUGCAAAGAACCUGAACAUCAGUACGUACACCUUCACGGUGACAGCAUCAACAGGAUUUGGACUUUGUGGUAAUACAUCCAUCGAUGUCACCUUGAGUCCCCCGGCUGAUCAACUGAUAAUGCUGAUCUUGAUAUCCCUGGGAGCAGUUUUUCUUAUUCUGCCUGUCAGCAUAAUCAUCUGCUACAGACACUGGGCAUGCAUCAAGCACAAAGUCUAUCCUCCAAUCCCAAAGCCAGUGCUGACCGACCAGUGGCUGACAUUACCAGAUGAACAUACGAGUCAUCGUCUUCAUUUUGAUCAGAGUCACUACAGUGAGGUCUUGGAUGUUCCUAAGCUGCAUGAUCAAUUCAGACCACCACAGCCUGUUGUUGACCAGGACUACAAGCCUUUUACCUUCUCUCAGACUCCCAAAGGUUACUACAAUAAGCCUCUGAAGAAAUCCCAGCCAUGUCUCACUUUACCCACUACAGGCCUCACAUCUCAGCCAGGCUUGCCAUCUUCUCCAAUCAAUGGCGUAUUUCCUAAUCCGUCGUACAAGCCAUCGUACAACCUGGUAAUGCAGAGUGAGGACCGGGAAUUCAAAUCAGGGCCCGAGGUCCAUGAGGGAAUAUCUUUCAUCAGAAGCUUUAGUGGAUACCAGCCUCAGAGUCCUGACGAGACCUUUACCACAACUGAGUUAGAGGAGUACCCAAACAGUCCCAUAUCCUGUAAGUCCACGUACAUUUUGCUACCACAGAAGACAUCCAACUAGCUGCUGCAUAUGUGAACACAUUUAAGCCUAA